CCUCUCCACACGCUGGUUUCGCGUCUUCCGUGCUGCCCCUGAGGGGAGAGGUGUCUCGCGUCAAGCGGCGUCGUGGGUCCUGACAGCCCCCCGCCAUGGGCAAAACGAUUGCUUCUGUGGGUCAGGGAACCCGACCCGACCCGGUGCGGAGCUUCAAUCGCUGGAAGAAAAAACACAGCCACAGGCAGCACCAAAAGAAGGAGCGGAGGAAGCAACUGAAGAAGCCGGAAUGGCAGGUCGAGCGCGAGGGGAUCAGCCGCCUCAUGCAAAACUACGAGAAGAUAAAUGUAAAUGAAAUUACAAGAUUUUCAGAUUUCCCUUUGUCCAAAAAAACACUGAAAGGUUUGCAGGAAGCGCAGUACCGCUUGGUAACAGAGAUACAGAAGCAAACCAUAGGAUUGGCUUUGCAAGGUAAAGAUGUGCUUGGAGCUGCCAAAACUGGAUCUGGCAAGACUUUGGCUUUUCUUGUUCCAGUGUUGGAAGCCUUAUACCGCCUGCAGUGGACUUCAACAGAUGGCCUGGGAGUUCUGAUAAUAUCACCUACUCGAGAACUGGCCUAUCAGACAUUUGAGGUUCUACGUAAAGUAGGGAAGAAUCAUGAUUUUUCAGCUGGUCUCAUCAUUGGUGGAAAGGAUCUGAAACAUGAAGCUGAGAGGAUCAACAACAUAAACAUACUCGUUUGCACACCAGGUCGACUUCUUCAACACAUGGAUGAAACAAUAUGUUUUCAUGCCACCAAUCUUCAGAUGUUAGUUCUUGAUGAGGCAGAUAGAAUCUUGGACAUGGGCUUUGCUGAUACCAUGAAUGCUAUUAUUGAAAAUCUUCCCAAGAAACGCCAGACCUUACUGUUCUCAGCCACACAGACCAAAUCUGUAAAGGACCUUGCGCGCUUGAGUUUGAAAGACCCUGAGUAUGUCUGGGUUCAUGAGAAAGCAAAAUACAGCACCCCUGCUACAUUGGAACAGAACUAUAUAAUUUGUGAGCUGCACCAAAAAAUAAGUGUGCUGUUUUCCUUUUUGAGAAGCCACCUGAAGAAGAAGAGUAUUGUGUUUUUCUCCAGUUGUAAAGAGGUUCAGUACCUGUACAGGGUGUUCUGCCGGCUGCGCCCAGGGGUCUCGAUCCUUGCUCUCCAUGGCCGGCAGCAGCAGAUGAGAAGAAUGGAAGUCUACAAUGAAUUUGUCCGAAAGAGGGCCGCAGUACUUUUUGCCACUGAUAUUGCAGCCAGGGGACUGGAUUUUCCAGCUGUGAAUUGGGUCCUUCAGUUUGAUUGUCCAGAGGAUGCCAACACGUACAUUCACAGAGCUGGUAGAACUGCCAGGUACAAAGAAGAUGGAGAAGCGUUACUAAUUUUACUACCCUCAGAAGAACAAGGAAUGGUGCAGCAGCUUCUCCAGAAGAAAGUACCUGUGAAGGAGAUCAAAAUCAAUCCAGAAAAACUUAUUGAUGUUCAGAAGAAAUUAGAAUCAUUUUUAGCUCAAGAUCAAGAUUUAAAAGAAAGAGCUCAAAGGUGUUUUGUCUCCUAUAUACGCUCAGUAUAUCUUAUGAAGGAUAAAGAAGUAUUUAAUGUGAGCAAGUUACCUAUUACUGAGUAUGCACUGUCUCUUGGUCUUGCUGUGGCACCACGGAUAAGAUUUCUUCAGAAAAUGGAGAAGCAACCCACCAAAGAAUUGGUAAAGAAUCAAGUCACUGAAGCAGUUCAGCUCAGGGCUCCUUCCCUUACCAACGAUGAAGUAGAAGAAUUUCGAGCUUAUUUCAGUGAGAAAAUGUCCAUCCUUCACAAAAGUGGGGAAAGACUAGAAGAGACAGAACACAGAUUGGCUAGUGGUGAUAGUGACGAAGAACAGGAAGAAGAGACAGACGAUGAAGAGACGGACGAUCAUCUGGAAAAAGCAAGAAAGCCUCACACUGACUCUGUUGUCAGUAUUGAGGAGGCACAGAAGGUCAAGGAAGUUCCUGUGCAGUUCUUAGACAGAGAUGAUGAUGAGGAAGAUGGUCCUGAUGCUGACUUCCUCACAGUGAAGCGGCGUGAUGUGUUUGGGUUGGAUCUUAAAGAGAAUGAAGCACUGUCGAAAAAAGAACCUUCUAAAUCCAGUGUCAAGAAAAAAUUAACCAAAGUUGCAGAAGCAAAAAAAGUAAUAAAAAGAAGUUUUAAAGUGAACAAGAAAAUAACAUUUACUGAUGAAGGGGAGUUGGUUCAGCAGUGGCCACAGAUUCAGAAAUGUGCUACAAAAGAUGUGGAGGAAGAAGAUGACACUGGUGGUAUCAACCUAGACAAAGCAAAGGAAAGGCUUCAGGAAGAGGACAAAUUUGACAAAGAAGAAUACAGGAAGAAAAUUAAGGCAAAGCACCGGGAAAGACGGCUAAAAGAAAGAGAGGCCAGAAGAGAAGCCAACAAAAGACAAGCUAAGGCCAGAGAUGAAGAGGAGGCCUUUCUGGACUGGAGUGAUGAAGAUGAUGGUGGGUUUGAUCCAAGCACACUUCCAGAUCCAGAUAAGCACAGAAGUUCUGAAGAAUCAGAGAGUGAAGAUGCAAACCAUAGGAUGAAUGACACCAAGAAGAAGCAGGAAACAAGGAAGAGAAACAACACUGAAGAUGAUGAUGUAAGACCAAGAAGUCAUCAUGGAAAGAAGGCCAAGUGGGAAACGUUAGAACCUUUGGAUACAGGCCUGUCUUUAGCAGAGGAUGAAGAGCUGGUGUUACAUCUCCUCAAAAGUCAAAACUAAACAUUCUCUCCAAAGAAAGAGUAUAAUGGACUAGCCCUGACAAAGAAUAUUUUUUAAUUGAGUUCAUAAAAAAAUAAACUUUCUUACAAAAUACUAUUGUUUUCAUUGUAUCCAGUGAUAUGAAAGAUACUCAAAGAUAGAUUCAUAAAAUUAAAACGUGACAAAUUCCUAAAAUAAGUUUUUUGUAUUGUUAAUUAGCCUGCUCAAAUGUAACACAUCACACUUAUAUUUGGAGAUCGCCGGCAAUUAUUUAUAAAAUCUCCAGACAUCUGAAGAUGUUCUUCAUGUGCUCUUUAGUAGGUGUUAUGGGUCUCCACCUAGCUCCUUAUGAGAAAAUGAGAUAGAACCUCUGUUUUGUUACCAAUACUAUAAGUCUUUAAAAAGAAAAUGUGGAGAAAUCUGGGUAUUGACAUGAAAUGAUUGAUUUUGAUGUAGAUUCUUUUCCUAACCCUUUCUUCCUACCCCAUUCACUAUCAAAACUAAUUUUUAGUACUAGCAAUAAAUUCAACCUCUUAAGGAAGAAGAUAGAUGGUAACUUGGGUAUCUCAACACUACCAGUUCAGCCAGUCUGUACUGGUCUCUGAAAAAGUGUAUCAUCUAUCUUGUGUAUUCAGUGCUCUUGUGAGCAGUCAUCUUCCCACAAUUAAAAUGACUGCCAGCUUUGGUGUUCUCACUAUACUACUGCUGUUGAUUCCUCGUCUUUAGGGACGGAGCCAUUGCUUAUUCUCAGAACUUCAGCGUUUCCUCAGUUUAGAGUCUCAUCGGGACUUGCCCAGACUCUUGAGGUUCUUAACUAGUCUGUCUGCUUCUACCAGCACAUCUUCCACCCUGCCUUUCCUGGGAGCUCUCUCUGUAGCCUGUAGAUCUGAGCAUGUUUCCCUCCUCUGAUUCCUUCAGUUGCAGCAUCUAUCAUGCAAUAUAAUCAACCUUUGUCUAUAAGCCUAUUGGUAUAUUAUGACAUUUUCCUUGGGAACAGUAUUGUGUUUUUCUGUCCUUUACACCUGUGGUGGUUUGGCCUAAGGAGUGGCACUAUUAGGAGUUGUGGCCUUG